GGAGAUUGGGAAAGCACUAGCUCCGCUGAUUGGAUCCAUGGUAAAUGAUCAACUACUGCAAUACUGGGAGGAUACUUUUUCCACUUGGACGCCGAGAGGAAAAGGAAAAGAGUUUUUGCCACCGAAAACAUUAUUGAUCGACUCUACCAUACGGGGAGAUUGGGUAAAGUUCUCAUUGCCAUCAUCGGAGGAGGAGGAUGCGAGUUACCGGUGGAUCUCGGUGCGCUCUCCUCAAACUAAUAUUCCAGAGCCAUGGAAUUUCUUCUUCAAAGUAUGUCGCAAUCCAGUCACGUCCGGCGUUUCAUCCUUCUUUGGGCAUUUUGAGGAAACACACCAAGCUCUACCGGACGGCUUCUUCGACCAUUUCAGCAACGUUCGAGUGCUAGACCUUCUCGGCUGCGUAGUAAGUCCUAUAGAACAUUCCUCCUUCCUUCGUCUUCGCAACCUGAGAAUGCUUAGGCUGGAGCGGUGCAAAGUAACUUCUCUUGAUCCUAAUUCACAUUCGUCGGCACCAGAGGGGGGACGAGAACCAAUACUUUUUGAUAACUUAUGGGUCCUGAAUCUAUACAACUCGGAUGCCGGUGCGUUUCUUCUAGGAGGCAAAGCGUUUGAGCUCAUGCCUAACCUCCUGGAGCUCGAUCUCAAAGAAGAAACUUCUCUCCUACACCUGGUGGAUCUAAAUGAACUUCGAGAGCAUAUACACAAAUUGGAAGUCUUGAAGCUGUCAGGAAAUAUCAACACCAAAUUUUUGCUAAGGAGCCUAUCCAUGGCGAUCAGCCUCAAAGAACUUAUUCUCACUGCUUGUGAAAGGUUAGAAUAUCUAAACUUCAAUCUCCCUGCAACAAUUGAAACAAUCAGCCUACAAAGGUGCGCAUCGCUAAAAGAGGUGGAGCUAGUCGACCCUGCAGCAGCUCCUUUGCCCAACCUCAAUACCUUCCGCCUCAGCGGCUCUAAGCAGAUUGCCAAGCUCUCCCUACAAGGAUGCCGCAAGUUGGAGAACGUAGACCUGCAGGAAUUGACGGGGCUCGAGGUGCUCGAUCUUUCAUGCACCGCAAUAAAAGUGGUGGAUGUCAGCAAACUCCCACAACUGAAGCAAUUAUUUCUCCUCGGAUGCGAGCAACUCCGUAGAGUAGCCGGUCUUGAUAAAGGACCAAGACUAGAUGUGCUGUACUUGGAUAACUACAAUGGCGGCGGUGCUUGCGAUGUCGAUCGGUGCCUUGAUUCCUUUCAAAAUCAAAGACAAAGUGAGUUAGCCAAGGGUACUAAUGAUGCUGAUCAAAGAUUACUCCAUGCUCAUGUGGUCGUGAGGGAUGUUAGGCUCUUCCGGUCACUUCGUGAUGCUUUUCCUGAUUUAAGCAGAGCAAAAUCCUGCUUCCAUAUCCACGUCAAGGGUUCUUCAACUGCUAAGAGAGGCACUAAUAUUGGCACUACCACCAGAUCGAAUGCUACUGUAACAUCGGCAUUAUGUUAUAUAGAAGAUGUUUUAAACACUAUGACAGAUCGCCCCCGUCGACAUCGCCCGUCGCCACCUGCUAUGCCCCUGAAUAAUCACAUAGAGGUUGAUGGAGGUCACAAUUCCCAAAUAGUAGAGGAAGGAGCAUUUACGGAUAUAAUGGAAUUUGCUAAUUCUUUAUUCAUUCAUGACAACACAUUUAAUUUUACCAUGGGCAUUGAAUUCAAAUAUCUCAAAUGUUUCCGCAUUGAGAGAUGCCCUAAUUUGGAAUUUAUCUUCUCUUGGAUAUAUGCGGCUCGUUCUUUGGAGAGCAUAUGGCUCAGCCAACUUCCGAGGCUCAAAGCUUUACAUAAAUAUGGAAGGAUUAGGGGUGGGCAACUUAAGCAUAUUUACUUGGAGUUUUGCGCGAGGCUAGAAUAUGUACUCCCCUCACUGUCAGAGCUACACGACUUGGAAACAAUCAACAUCCGUUAUUGCGGCGAUCUAACGGCAAUUAUCAAAUGUAAUGACGAUAAUAAUAAAGAUAAAGGAGGAGCUGCUCCACAACUACUUCCGAAACUGAGGUCCAUCCAUCUACAGGAGCUUCCGAAACUACAACACAUAUACAAGCUAAACAUUUGUGCUCCAUCGCUGGAAGAGAUCAAGAUUAUGGGGUGUUUCAAUCUCGGAAAACUUUCUCUUUUCGGCCGGUCGGACGCUCGUUCAAUGAGAGCUGUGAAGAUUAGCUGCGAGAAGGAUUGGUGGGAUAAGCUACAAUGGGAUGGGUUAGAAUCCAACCACCACUCCUCUCUCUUCAACCCAAAACAUUGUCCUUACUAUAAGAAGCGUAUGAAAGCUAGAUAUUUAUGAACCACAGCUCUGCUCCAAUGUUCGUAUGCAAGGUGAACCAUCUCUCUCUCUCUCUCUCUCUCUCUCUCUCUCUCUCUCUCUCUCAAUAUUAAUUAUGCGUUUGUGUGUAUGCAUGUGUGCUCGAUCGUGUGUUUCUAUAUGUACGUAUGUUUGCUGAGGUCUUCAUAUACUUUUUAGAAAUAAGCUAGCCAUAGUGCAGCAUGUCCUUUAUUUCUUAAUUAUUAUAUGAGUGAGUUUGUCUAUGUGUGUAAAAAAUAUUUUAUACAUUUGAUUGCUUGAGACUUGAGUAAUAUAACCAAGCAAAUAUCUACGUGUGUAUUGACUCGUUGAUGACAACAAGGAUAGCAUUCAUUUAUUUUUCUUA